AUGUCCAGCCGACGCCGCUCAAGCAAUGUUGUCGUCAAGUCCAAGAGCCAGAGCCAGAUCUACGCGAUGCACCCAGGCGCUGGUCAAGGCCAUACGCUGUAUGCCAAGGCGAGCCUUCGCAUUCAGCAGGUCUUGACCUUUGGCGCCUACGUGCUCGGUAUCCUCGUCGUCGCGCUUGUGUGCAUCGACGCGCUCUUCAACAACUGGGCCAUCAACGACUUUGUCGGCAACGGCUACAUGUACGCGACGGCGGUGGCCACGAUCACAAACACUGGCCAACUCGCGAGUCUCUACGCCUUUCCCAAGGGCUGGAGCCUCCGCGAUGUGUCCAACAUUGGCGCCUGGAACAUGAACUACACGCUCACGAACCUCGUGACGCCGAGCAACCCGAACAUCUACCUCCUCGACGCUGGCACGUUUGUCAUGGACUCGACAUUUGCCACGUUUUGCACCAUUUUCAAGAAGACGUACCCCGUGGACCUUGCGAACGGCAGCCCGCAGCUCGGUGUUGUCCAAGAUGCAAUCACGUUUCUGCGCGGAAAUGCGUUCACACACGUGUCGACCGACGAAGGCUCGGUCAACCUCGCGAAUGGCUCGAUGAACCACCUCCAGCUCGCCGCUUUGGGGUAUACCCCCACCCGCCAACAAACCGACAUGCGCCUCACUGAGCCGAUCCCGGUCAAGAACGUCUCGACGCCGCAAAUGUUAAACGUCUCGUUUUACCGGUACCAGCCAAAGUGCUUUUGCACCGGGUGUGUCCCGAUCGCGAGCUUUGGCUACGCGUCGUGCGAGCUCACGAUGACUUACAACACGACCGCCAAGACGCUCAAAAUCACCAACACGUCGCACGUCGAAGGCGCACUGUGGUCGAACGGGCUCAUGCUCCAGCAAAGCGUCUUUAGCUCGGUCUCCAACUACCUCAAGUGCAUUGCGCUGGUGUUUGCGCUCGGCGGCUACAUUGCGAGCCGACGGACGGUGCAGUGGCAGGACGCCGAUGUGCACUCGAUCCAGUCGUUUCUGCACCGCGUCGUCAAGACGGUGCUGCCCGAGAAGUACCCGCACGUCUCCAAGGCGCUCCGCUUUGAUAUGUUUUGCUACAACUCGGACAUCUUUGUGCUGCUGUAUACGACCGGCGUCAUCCUCGACAUGGGCCGUGGCAUCAUGUUCAUCCGCGAAGUCAACUGGUUCAACCAACUCAAGGCGGACCCGUGGAUGUCGAUCCAGACAUUUGCGCUCAGUACGCGCUUGCUUUGGCUCAACUGUGCGUUUCUAAAGGUGCUCAAGUUCCUCGUCAACCUCGUGUCCAGCGCGAGCUACUGUGGCGAAAGCAAACUCAUGGGCUUUUGCAAUUUCACGAGCGUCACGUCCUUGUACCUCAGCGCCGUCCUUCUCUUUUACGUCCCUGCGUUCAUCGAAAGCUUGACGGCGUCUUUAUCAACUUUUACAGCAGUUUUUACAUCCGCGUCAGCGGUGCGAUUGCUGGCGGUUUGA